AGUCCGCAGCAAUCGAGGAGUCACACUGAGUUCAAGGUCAGAAGUGCUUUACACAUGAAAUCUACUGUCUCUCUAGCUGAUUCUGCCGUGUCACCAUCUCAACAGAACUGGAUUUACAGUCAUGGAGGAACAUCAACAGCAUUUACACUGUGUGAACUGUGUCAGCCGUCGUUGUAUGACCAGACCAGAGCCUGGCAUUUCCUGUGAUUUGAUUGGCUGCCCGUUGGUUUGUGGAGCAGUUUUUCACUCAUGUAAAGCUGAGGAACAUCGCAUGUUAUGUCCACUUGAAAGAGUGCCUUGUUUGAAUAGUGGCUUUGGAUGUCCCUUCAUAGUAGCCCGAAAUAAAAUUGCUGAUCAUCUAGAAGUUUGUCCUGCAAGUGUGGUAUGUUGUACCAUGGAGUGGAAUAGAUGGCCAGUCAGUUACGCAGACCGAAAAUCUUACGAAAAUCUGAGUAAAGAUGUUGAUGAAGUGGAACAGCUAGAUAUGGCUUUAGCCCUUCAAGACCAGCGCAUGUUAUUAGAAUCACUUAAAGUAGCAACUAUGAUGUCAAAAGCAGGUGAUCAAAUACCGGAAUCCAGAGAGCAAACCUCUGUCAAAUCAAGUGCCCCAGAUACAGUGCAUUCAAAUGGUUUGAUGCCUGUAGAUGAAGAGUCCUAUGGUGCACUUUAUCAAGCUACUGUAGAAACAACAAGGAGUUUAGCGGCUGCUCUGGAUAUCCUGAACACUGCUACAAGGGACAUUAAUACGUUAAGUUCAAGGCUCUGCAUUUCACCACAUGAAAUGAAAGAAGAUACUGAGAUUAAAGAACAAGCUUCUAAUGGCAUUGUUCAGGAUAAAAAGUCUGACCAUGAAUAUCCAGAUGAAGAUAACAUAGGAGCAGUUGGGGGAAUUAACUUUGAUAGCCUGAGUCAAAAUUCACAAAUGGAGCAAAAUGGUUCUAGUGAUAUUUGUUAUGAUGUAGUGCAAAAACAUGACCUAAAGUUAAACCUCAAUAACUCCUCACUUUUGUGUAAUGGCUUUCAUGUAGAAAAUGAACGUUCAAAGGUGUUGGACCAGAAUGAAGAUCUUGGUGUAUCUAAUUCAAAACCAUCCAGUGUAGCAAAUGGUGAAUGUACUGCAUCUCACAAUGAUGAAGCAUUACAGUCUUGCAGCUCCUUCCCUGUAACAGCACAAUUUAAUGAAGUACUAUCAGCUGAUCACUUAGUUAAUGGCAAUGUUAAUCAUGUACUACUUCCCCAUAAUGCUAAUGAAGAAGAAAUGUUAGAGAGACAAGUGGAGCAAGAAAGAUUGAGAAACAUAGAUGCGUUUUCACUUUUACGGCAUCGAUCAUACAAAUUCCUUGUUAACCACUAUUGGUCUACACCAAAAGAAGACAAAGCUGUUGAUACAUCAGAUUUGGAGAUAACAGAAGAUCCUAUGGGUCUUCAGGGGAUUGAUCUAAUCACUGCAGCUCUGUUGUUUUGCCUAGGAGACUCUCCUGGAGGUAGGGGGAUAUCAGAAAGUCGCACUGUUGAUGUGUAUCACGUUGACUUUGGGACCCAAACAUUUUCUCUCCCAUCUGCUAUAUUGGCCACAAAUACAAUGGUGGGGGAAAUAGCUUCAGCUUCUGCAUGUGAUCAUGCCAACCCACAGCUCUCAAAUCCAAGUCCAUUCCAGACCCUUGGACUGGAUUUGGUAUUGGAAUAUGUGGCUAGAUACCAAACAAAACAGCGUUCAAUGUUUACAUUUGUUUGUGGACAGUUGUUUAGGAGGAAUGAAUUUUCAUCACAUUUUAAGAAUGUGCAUGGUGACAUUCAUGCUGGCCUUAAUGGCUGGAUGGAGCAGAGGUGUCCUUUGGCAUAUUAUGGGUGUACAUACUCUCAGCGAAGGUUUUGUCCUUCAACACAGGGGGCAAAAAUUAUUCAUGACCGCCACUUACGGUCAUUUGGAGUUCAGCCCUGUAUAUCCACAGUAUUAGUAGAACCAGCAAAAAGCUGCUUAAUUGGACUACACAAUGACCAUCUGAGUAGUCUACCUUUUGAGGUUCUGCAGCACAUUGCUAGUUUUCUAGAUGGCUUUAGUUUAUGUCAGCUUUCAAGAGUGUCACGUUUAAUGAGGGAUGUGUGUGGAAGCUUGCUUCAAGCACGUGGAAUGGUGAUACUGCUUUGGGAGAAGAGAAAGUACCCAGAUGGAAGUUGUUCUUGGCAGAUAAAGGAAAAGGUUUGGCGCUUCAGUACAGCCUUCUGUACUGUGAACGAGUGGAAGUUUGCUGACAUCGUAAGCAUGGCUGACCACUUGAAGAAAUGUAGCUAUAAUGCUGUAGAAAGAAGAGAGGAGGCUGUUCCGCUGCCAUGUAUGUGUGUAACGCGAGAACUCACUAAAGAAGGACGUUCACUGCGCUCUGUUUUGAAACCAGUACUUUAA